ACGUGACCGCGCAGCAAGAAUCUUCAUUGAUCGCGUGCCUCGUUUGGGUUCUCCGUUCAUAAAACCAACAAGUAGCCAGGAGCCUAGUCGCCUAGAUCCAGCACUGCAAUCUUGAGCUCGUGACAGCCUGCAAUCGUCGAUCGAUCGACCACCAUGUCCGGCGACACCGCGCCGCACAUCGUGGAGGACUUCGUCGGCGUCGUCCGCCUGCUCAGCGACGGCUCUGUCGUCCGCGGCGAUGAAUCCCACAUGUCGGCAGGGCCGUUCCCGGACGUCCCCAUCGUUCCCUGGAAAGACGUCGUGUACGACGCGACGCGCGGCCUCAAGGUUCGCGUGUACAGGUCCUCGGUGGCCGGCGGCGAAGGCGGAAAGCUUCCCGUGCUCGUGUACUUCCACGGCGGCGGCUAUUGCGUCGGCGCCUACGACCAGCCCAUGGUCCACUCCUGCUGCCAACGCUUUGCCGCCGAGCUCCCCGCCGUCGUGCUCUCCAUCCAGUACCGCCUCGCCCCCGAGCACCGCCUCCCCGCGGCCAUCGAGGACGGCGCAACGUUCCUCUCCUGGCUGCGCGUGCAGGCCGCGCUCGGCGCGGGCGCCGAGCCGUGGCUGGCGGAGUCGGCCGACUUCGCCCGGACGUUCGUGUCCGGCGUGUCGGCCGGCGCCAACCUGGCCCACCACGUCGUGGUUCAGACCGCCACGGGGCAGAUCGUGCUCGGCCCGGUGCGCCUCGCAGGGUACGUUCUCUUAUCCGCGUUCUUCGGCAGCGUCGAGCGCACGGCGAUGGAGUCCGACCCGCCGGCCGACGUGUCCCUCACGGUGGCGAUGUCCGACCAACUCUGGCGCAUGGCGCUGCCAGUGGGCGCUACUAGGGACCACCCGCUGGCCAACCCGUUCGGCCCGGGCAGCCCCAGCCUGGAGCCGGUGGCGCUGCCGCCGGCGCUCGUCGUGGCGCCCGGGCGCGACGUGCUCCGCAGCCACGUGCUGCGCUACGCAGCGAGGCUCAAGGAGAUGGGAAAGGCCGUGGAGCUCGCCGAGUUCAAGGGCGAGCAGCAUGGCUUCUCCGUCCGACGGUGGGGCGAGGCGAACGAGGAGCUGAUCCGAAUCUUAAAGCGGUUUUUGGGCAGUGCCCAACUGAAGUGAACAUGUAUGUGGUGACUUGUGUUAGUCUUGCUCUACUGUUCAUCUUCUCAUGUACUCUACUCCAUUAUUCAAGUUGUCAUCAUGCACUCCGGCUGACAACUGGCACAUCGGUAAUAAGGACUCUCAAAUUCAGUUUUCCACAUCUAAUAAUUGAAAGUUCAGUUUAGUAAAUUGUGACGAGUCAAACCACGCCUUAUAUUUUGGAACGAGGUGUGUACAUGAUUUCUGUUGGAUACAGUAAACACUUAUAUUUGAUUGGACUAUGAUUUCUAUUA